GACUAAGUCAGAGACAAACACUGAGGACACAGCAUUGUUGAAACUGUUAAAGGCAGAACACCCUCCACCUGCAAUACAAUCUCAGGAUUCAGGAUGUUGUAGUUGCCGAUUAUAGAUAUUUCCUGAAUGGAUUUGGUGUCUUUAUAGAGAAUGAUGGACAACUCGACUAAUCCCUCAAACUGACUGGAAUUGACUCCCAACCAUGCGUACAGGGGGCUGGCUCACAUGGAGGAACAUGUUGAAAAACAGUUGCUUUCAAACUAGGAAUUCCGUGGCUAAUUGAGGUGAAAAUGACAUGCCCAAACUGACCUCUUGACUUGACCUCUGAGAGGUCAGGGCUCAGAUUGGAAUACCCCCCAAAAUACAGACCAGUCUAAACCCCUCAACAUGUCUUUCCCGGAACACUUCGAGUCCCCCUUACCCCCCAGACCAGAGGCCAAACCCCGGCCCCCCAUCUCUAGAAAAACCCCUUCCUCCAAUGGAGCCCCCUCCACCCCCUCCCAGCUCGGAGAGAUGGGCAGCACAGACCACAAUUCGGGGGGGAAAGUCAACAGCAUUGUGAGUAAGUUCAGCCACCCAGAGACUACACCAACCACCAGUGGAGAUGCUAAACUAACCACCAAUCCAACUCCCCGGACCCGGGGUCCCAGGAGGGCCCCCACAGUCAAACCCAAACCGACCCGGCACUCUGUCCAGCAGUCUGGGGGUCCAGACCAGGCUCCUCCACUGCCCAUGAAUAGGAGCCGGAUCAUGCGGCAGGCCAAAAGAGAGACCCCUGGAGGAGAGGAGGGAAAUGGCAUCACAGUCAGUCGAUCAGCACCUGGCGGAAAGGAGGUAGAGCGACAGCUGAUUGGAGGAGUGGAAGCAGAGGCGGAGCACGGUUCAGACACGCCCCUUAACCCAUGCUUCGACUGGGAAUGCAGCUGUGUUUGCCACGUCCACAUGCCCGGCAUGAAGCUGGUAUGGGUGCCCAUCGAUGAGGAAGAGAAAGAAAAUGAAAAGGAAGAGGAGGUUAAGCUGGAAAGGGAGGAGGAAGAGAGUGGAGGGGAGGGGACCUCCUUGGCCAUAAAACGCCCCCCCACCCCCCCUAAACAAACCCAAUCUUUUCCAAGCCAUUUUAAAGCUUCCAUAGAGGAGGAGGAAGAGUCUGUAUAUGAAACUACUCUACUAAUGGUGGAUCCAACACCUAGAAAGAUCUGUCAAGAACUGGACAUUCCCCUUAUCAAGGUUCAGAAACCUGUCCAUUGGUCAAAACUGUCCUCCAGCAACUCGGAGGACAACACUUCGGUCCAGUCCGAUUCGGACCCAUCCCAAACCCAGACUACUGAGGAUGCCUCCGUGGCUAUCACACCUCGGGUAUCUCUCGCCCAGGUCAAGUCCAAAACACCCGGCCACAACCUCAUGCCCAUUCCCAGGGGGGGUAUCGCCUUGCCCCAGCCCACCGCGGAGGAAUGGCGCUCCCUGCGCCCCUCACCCCCCAAUCCUUCCGCCAGUCCCAUAGUACUCCACCGGGCGGGCAACAGAGUCCCUCCACCUCAGCCCCCCAAGACAGGCAUCUCCGUCCAUUCCGUCAAGCAAGCUAUAAAAGAACACGAGGAGGAUGGAAGCGCUGAAGGAGAGGAGAAGGACACAGAAGAAGACAGUGCCCCUCUCAGGACAGGAUGCUUUAUUGGCUGGGAGUCCAGACAGCUGGAUGUGCCUCUGUACCAAACGUACCGUGCUACCGUCAUCCACAAGGAGAUCCGGCGCCAGACGGUGUGCCGCAACACCAGCAAGGCCAGCGCUGACUACCACAUGGACUGGCCUGCACGCCGGGGUGGAGUGGGCAUGGGGGCGGCCGGCGUGGGGGCGGUGGGCAAUGGCAAUGGGGCACCCAGUGCCACUAUUCCGUUGCCCACCCUGGGCCAGAGCACCCUGUGGCAGGACCGACCAGAAGUACGGAAAAGUGGGGUGCUGGAGACCCUCAGCCCUGCACAGUGCAAGUACCAGGAGAGUAUGUUUGAGGUGUUGACAUCGGAAGUGUCGUACGUGCGUUCCCUACGCGUUCUCAAUGAACACUUCCUGGAAUCCCGGGAGCUGGAGGAGGUGCUGAUCAUCCGGGACAGGAAGACUCUCUUCUCCAAUGUCCUGCGAGUCCUGGAGGUCAGCGAGAGUUUUCUGAUGGCCCUAGAGAACCGUAUGAAAGAGAGUCUGGUGUUCUCCGACAUCUGUGACAUCAUCCAUUUCCAUGCUCAGCACAACUUCCCGGUCUACAUCGACUACGUCCGCAACCAAAUCUACCAGGAUAAGACUUACACCUCCCUCAUGAAAACCAAUGUGGACUUUGCCACGGUCAUCACCCGUCUGCAGGAGUCUCCUCAGUGCCAGAGGCUGCCAUUCAUGUCCUUCCUGCUGCUGCCCUUCCAGCGAAUCACACGCAUCAAGAUACUCAUCGAGAACAUCCUGAAGAGAACACAUUUGGGGACGAAAGAAGAGCAGACUGCCUCCAACGCCUUGGACUCGGUUUCUAAGAUCAUAGAGGAGUGCAACACCCAGGUGGGAAAGAUGAAACAGGUGGAAGAGCUGAUCCACCUCUCCAAGACGCUGGAGUUUGACAAGCUCAAGGCCAUCCCCAUCAUUUCCCAAACCCGUGUCUUGGAGAAGCGUGGGGAGUUACAGGAGAUGGCCAAAGGGAGCACCCUUUUCAACCUGGGUCACAAGUUCACCCCCGUCUACCUCUUCCUCUUCAACGACCUGCUCAUCAUCGCCACCAAGAAGGGUUCGGAGCGUUUCGUGGUGUUGGACCACGCCCACCGCACCCUGGUCCAGGUUCAGCCAAUAGGAGACGACCAGGUCUCCAACCCUAGCUAUGAACACUGCUUCUGUCUGACUCUACUGGAGAACCACCAGGGACGCAUGAUGGAGAGACUGAUGAAGGCCCCUUCACAGUCUGACCUGCACCGGUGGAUAGCAGCGUUCCCUGACCCCAUGAAACCUGAUGGGGACAAGGAGGAGAUUGUCUAUGAGGACUGGGACUGUCCUCAGGUGCAGUGUGUGGAGCAGUAUGUUGCUCAGCAGGCUGAUGAGCUCAACCUAGAAGCCACUGAGAUCAUCAACGUGGUGCGCAAGACCAACGAGGGUUGGUACGAGGGGAUCCGUCUCUCCAACGGACAGAAGGGUUGGUUUCCUGUGGAGAACGCUGUAGAGAUCACCAACGAGCAUGUGAGGCGGCGGAACCUUCGAGAACGCUAUCGGGUCAUUCAGGCCGCCAGCAUUGUCACCAACAACAUGACCAAGACUACCCCGUAAUGUUGGCGGGAACAUCAGGAGAACAUCGACAGACACGCCGCAGAAUGUCAGUCGAACGUUUACAUAACGUCACUAGAACGUUGCUGGAAUAUUAAACUGGAUAGGGGAGAGUGAACCAGUGCUUGCUAUGCAUACUCCCCUGAAGAACUCUUAGCUGGAGACAUAAGGAGCAUUUGGAGGAGCUCUAUCUUAUCAAAUUGUUUGAUUGGCAUGUUUUGUUUUGUUCAAAUUAGUAAUUUGAUGAAGUUAUGGGAUAGGGUUUCUUUAGGGAACUUUUAAGAACCAGGAAAUGAUAUGUAGUCUUACAGGAGGAAAAGGAUGAGAAACUUCUUCUGAACCUAGUAUACCUGUCCCUGUAAAGUUUGCUUAAUGUUGAGAGUGUGUGUGUGUGUGUGUGUGUGUGUGUGUGUGUGUGUGUGUGUGUGUGUGUGUGUGUGUGUGUGUGUGUGUGUGUGUGUGUGUGUGUGUGUGUGUGUGUGUGUGUGUGUGUGUGUGUGUGUGUGUGUGUGUGUGCGCCCUACUGCUGCGGUUUCAUAAUCACUACAGGACAGGAUUGAAUACAUUUGACCGUCAUUAGACGGUAGUCGCAAUAUCGGUAACAUAGAGCCGAAACUUCUAGUUGAAUCCAACUCUAGUAUUAUGCUACCAUAUGUGUAUUCAUUCUACAGCAGGCCUCAUAGGCGUAAACUCUGUGGUAAUGCCAGGGCUUUUCUCAGUUUUAUUUUACAAUUUGUAUGAUGUUAAAUAUUAGCCACUAUCGGGAGACACCCGUCUGUACAUACAUUUAUAUCUGUCACUUUAGUGUUCGUUUUCCUUCAAUUUGUAGCCUAUUGAUUCCUUCCAUUCCAUUUACCAUUCUUUCCUCUGUUGUGUCCAUGUAGUUGUUUCUGAGGGUGGCAUUAGUGGAUCAUAUAGACCCUUUUCCCCCCCGGAUGCACGUGACUCUUGGGCGGCAGUAAGAAAGCCAUAACCAUCUGCGCUCAUUCAACACAGCCUAGAUUUAAGUUUUUAUAACUUCUUAACAAAAUACAAGUUCUCAUAUGCUUACAGUGAUGUUCUGAUUCUUGCUUGAACAGUAGCUAGGGUUAUAUUUGUUUGUGAGCUUUGCAAAAUAACUAUUUUGAAUGCAGCGGUUGUUAGCUAGAAUGCUAACGCUCAUUGUUAUAGGCUGUAGCAAAAAUAUAGCCAAAGAACCAUUUUACUGGGGGGGGGGUCUCAGCUCCCCUAAAUGAGACAUUAGCUCCCCUAAAUGCAACAGAAGUCAAACUUGGAGAGGGAGGUCUCUAAAUAAUGCUAAUUUUCACAUUCUUCUGUUUGUUUAAAAUGUAGUGGUGAAUAUGUUUUACAGUGUUAAAUAUAAACAAUAAAAGCUUCCAUAUCAAACAUUCA